CACGUAAUUUCGGCUAGUAUAUUAAGCCGGAAAACCAUUGUAGACUAUCACUGCGUCUUGUGCCCUAUCGGUCUAGCCUAGCCACUGUCUAGAAGCUAUAGGAAGGUUUCAGUAUUGGGAGCCAUGUUUGGGAGCCUGCUGUUCACUGUGCUGUGUGAGGCAGCAGUGGCCCUCAUCAACCCAGAUCUAAGCCUUGAUUGGGAGAUGUGGAAGGAGGGACAUGACAAGACCUACCUGUUUAAGGCUGAAGAGUUUGCACGCCGCCAGAUCUGGGAGAAGAACCUGAAGCUGAUAACUCUGCAUAAUUUGGAGGCGUCCAUGGGAAUGCACACCUAUGAUCUGGGCAUGAACCAGCUAGGAGACUUGACUACCGAGGAGAUUCUUGACGUGCUAGCUGUAACUCGUGUGCCUCCAAACUUCAGCAGGGGUCCUUCUCCCUUUGUGGGGGUAUCCAGGGCCCCUGUGCCUCACAAUGUUGAUUGGCGAAGAAAGGGCUAUGUCACAGAAGUCAAGAAUCAGGGGCUUUGUGGCUCCUGCUGGGCCUUCAGUGCUGCAGGUGCCCUGGAGGGCCAGCUGAUGAAGACUCGGGGAACACUUGUAUCCCUCAGCCCUCAGAACCUGGUUGAUUGCUCCUACAAAUAUGGCAACAAGGGCUGUCAGGGAGGGUUCAUGACUCAAGCCUUCCAGUAUGUCAUUGAGAACAGGGGCAUUGACUCUGAGUUUUCAUACCCUUACACUGGCAUGGAAGAACAAUGCAGAUAUGAUUCAGAACUCCGUGUUGCCAACUGUUCCAGCUAUAGGUUUCUUCCUAAAGGUGAUGAGGUGGCAUUAAAACGGGCUCUGGCCACUGUUGGACCAAUCUCUGUGGCUAUUGAUGCUGCUCGACCUAAUUUCCACUUCUACCGGAGUGGUGUGUACCAUGACCCUACCUGUACCCAAGAAGUAAACCAUGGUGUUCUAGCAGUUGGCUAUGGUAUGCUCAAUGGUGAGGACUACUGGCUUGUGAAGAACAGCUGGGGACAGCGUUUUGGGGAACAGGGCUACAUUCGCAUGGCACGAAACAAGAACAACCAGUGUGGCAUUGCCUUGUAUGCCUGCUACCCCAUUAUGUGACAACCUGAUGCAAAGGAUUGAUUUCUAACUUGAAACAUUUUAAUAUUUUUUUUAUUAAUUGCACCUGUGUAUGUUACUGAUUGUAAAGAAUACUGUUAAAAUGAUUUGUAUUAAAAAAUAUUUUUAAAUGUGAA